CCCCACACUCCCCCACUCCACCCGGCCUGCUCCAGCCCAACCUGGGUUGGGUGUGUUUGAAGAACCAAUGACAAGGUGUUGGACCCGGGCCAGAGCUCAGCGCCUCAGCCGGGCGUCCGGGACCGACGAGAGGCAGCGAGCUCCAGCUGCCGAUCCGGAUCCGGGUUCGGGAGCUGCCGAGGUCUGUGGGGGCUGCGAGCCGGGGAGUGGACAGCAUGUCAGUGGAGGGGACGAAUGGCCCGGCCUGUGGGCGGCAGAAGGUGCUGACCCUGGACUCCAUGAACCAGAGGGUGAAGCAGGUGGAGUACGCGGUGCGGGGCCCCAUCGUGCUCCAAGCGGCGGCCAUCGAGAAGGAGUUGCAACAGGGCAUCAGGAAACCCUUCUCGGAGGUGAUCAGAGCCAACAUUGGCGAUGCACACGCCAUGGGUCAGAAACCCAUCACCUUCAUUCGACAGGUCCUGGCCAUCUGCACCUACCCUCAGCUCCUGUGUGACCCCAACAUGCCGGAAGAUGCCAAGUUGAGAGCAAAGCAGAUCCUCGGUGCCUGUGGGGGACACAGUGUGGGUGCCUACACCGCCAGUCAGGGCAUCGAGACCAUCCGGCAGAGCGUGGCCAAGUACAUCGAGAGACGGGACGGGGGAAUCCCAUCGAACCCGGACAACAUCUUCCUCUCAACUGGGGCCAGCGAUGCCAUCGUGACCACUCUCAAGCUGCUGGUGUCAGGUGAGGGACGACAGCGGACGGGGGUGAUGAUUCCGAUUCCCCAGUACCCACUUUACUCGGCCGCCAUCUCUGACCUGGGUGCCGUGCAGGUCAACUACUACCUGGAUGAGGAGAACUGCUGGGCCCUGAACAUCAGUGAGCUGCAGCGAGCCCUGCACCAAGCCCGGCAGCACUGCACGCCCAAGGUGCUGUGCACCAUCAACCCCGGGAACCCCACAGGCCAGGUGCAGAGUCGGCAGGUGAUCGAAGAGGUGAUCCGAUUCGCAGCCAAAGAGAAGCUGUUCCUGAUGGCGGAUGAGGUCUAUCAGGAUAACAUCUACGGUGAAGGUUGCCAAUUCCACUCCUUCAAGAAGAUUCUGUUUGAGAUGGGCUCCCAGUACUCGGACGUGGUGGAACUAGCCUCCUUUCAUUCUGUCUCCAAGUGUUACAUGGGAGAGUGCGGUUACCGUGGUGGUUACGUGGAAUAUGUCAACCUGGACCCCGGCGUGAAGGCGGAGCUGAUGAAACUGGUGUCGGUGAGACUCUGCCCCCCCGUGAGUGGGCAGGCUGUCCUGGGGGUGAUCACCGACCCCCCCCAGCCUGGGGAACCCUCGUACCAAACCUUCCUGAAGGAGAAGACCAACGUGCUGAGCUCUUUGGCGGAAAGGGCGCGUCUGACGGAGGAGGUGUUCCGUGGGGCCCCUGGAAUCCGUUGUAACCCCGUGCAAGGGGCCAUGUACUCGUUUCCCCGCAUCGACAUCCCCCCAAAGGCCAUCGAGGCAGCUAAGGCUGCUGGACAAGCUCCCGACAUGUUUUUCUGCAUGAAGCUCCUGGAAGAGACAGGAAUCUGUGUCGUUCCGGGGAGCGGAUUCGGACAGGCAGAGGGGACGUACCACUUCAGGAUGACCAUCCUGCCCCCCACCGACAAACUGAAGGUCCUCCUCAACAAGCUCAAGUGUUUCUACGAGACGUUCACCAAGCGAUACGCCUAGACCGUGCGCGGCGUUCUGGACCCAGGCACCAGCACCUGCCGUGCCACCCACAACAACAGUCUAAACCAACACAAUGCACAGAAAUGAACGGAGAUCAGAGCUGGACCCUGCAGUGCGGCUGGGAUGGGGCAAUAAUUUGGGGUGGAGGGGGGACUGGGUUGCACUGAUGGGUUGGGGUAGGUGGGGUAGAAGUGGUCCAGACAAUUUCAAAGCAGUGUCUCCCUCGGUCUCUCUCCUCCACACCUGACCGGUCACCUCACUGUUCCCUGACCAGGGCAGGUGGUGUCUGUGGGGCCGUGAAGCUGGCCGUCGGUCAGAUAGUACACUGCCGGCCAUCGGUCGGAUCGUUACACCGCCGGCCAUCAGUCAGACCUGUAGUCCAAGUAGACCGAACUCCAGGACUGGCACUGAACCAACCACAAAACGCAGCCCCCACCUUCCACUCACUCUGUGUGCCCCACCUUCUGAAUCUCUGGAACCGUGGUAACAUUAAUAAAUGAAUGAUCACAAAGAAA